AUGGUGCACGAAAGUUUAAAUCCUCACGUUUGUGAGGAAUGUAGUGAACAAUUCAAAAACUAUCACGGUCUUUGCAAGCAUCACCAGAUUGUUCAUUUAAACAAAUCUCUGCCAGCGGUACGGUUUAAGCCGUAUCACUUGAUCUGUAAGCUCUGUAAGCGACCUCACAGGAAAUCUAGUGAACUGAUUGAACAUAUUCGACAGGGCCACUCUAAUGAAACGUAUCCAUACGUACAGUGUCCGGUUUGUCCAAAAACCUUUUUGUCUACACAACAUCUGAGUUGCCAUAAAGAGAUUCAUACGGACAAGUACACCUGUAUGUACUGCGGCGCGCGCAAUGCGACAAUUCACCGGCUGCAAACCCACGUCGAAAAUCAUCACAAUGAAGAGCGUAGGUAUGACUGUCCCAUCUGCAACAGUAAAUUGUACAAAUCGGCAUCCACCCUGCGAACGCACGUGCUCACCCAUAGCCGCGGGAAGCAAUACCGGUGCGAUAUAUGUCGGAGAGAUUUUAUGCGAAAGGAUCAGUUGAGCAUACAUCGCCGGACCCAUACAGGCGAGAAACCAUUUCAGUGUGAAAUCUGUCAGAAACGAUUCAGCGAUGGUGCAUCGUACUGCAAGCACAAGAAGCGCUGCAUGCGGUUGUCUUUGAACAGUGAUGUGUCUGUUUGAGGGGCGCUGAAGGCAGAUCAUGAUCAAGAAGGAUUCACAAAGGCUGUACUAUUGAUAUUGUUUAAAUUAUAUUGUUUAUAAGGGAUACCGAAUUGUAGUAUGUGUAGUCUUUAAGAAUUUACAU